ACUCACCAUCCAACUGUGGGCAGCAGACAUUUAAAAACCAGCAAGCGCUCCAGAUUCGCAGCAAUGAGCAACAUGACAACGGAUGGAGUUGCCACAGUUGCAGUGAUUUUUGCUCUUGUGGUUGGUGUGGAGAUUGUCAUAGGACUUGUUGGAAAUGGCAUUGCUUUGGGCAUCUUUUGCUCCUACAGGAAUCUCUGGUCAUCAAGCACCGUGUAUUUAUUCAGCUUGAUCAUUGCUGAUUUCUUCCUGAUAAUCAACUUGCCAUUUCGUAUCCACUACUACACGCAUAAUGAAGUCUGGGUCUUCACAGAGACAUUGUGCGGGGUCAACCUAUUCAUGUUGUCAGUGAACAGGACAGCAAGCAUUGUAUUUCUCACUGCCAUUGCAAUGGAUCGCUACUUCAAAGUGGUUCAUCCUCACCACCAACUGAGUAAAAUAUCAACAUCCUGUGCUGCAAAAGUAGCAAUUGCACUUUGGAUCAUAGUUAUACUGAUGAAUGGCCAUGUCUUUACCUUGGAUUAUAGUCAGAGUAAGAACAGUUCAUGUCAAAGUUAUAACCCUCGUUUUGAACCACGAGCAGCAGCCACGUGGCAUGCAAUAUUAUUUUUUCUUGAAUUUUUUCUGCCUUUAGGCAUCAUCAUGUUCUGUAUUUUCAACAUUAUCUUGAAGCUAAAGCAGAGGAAAUUGGCUAAAAGGAACAAGGUCCAAAGAUCUGUGAAAGUGCUGAUAGUCAUUGUUUUGGUAUAUAUCGUCUGCUUCUUGCCUAGUAUUUUAAUUGCUACAGUUGGGGUGGUUAUUAUAAAAGUGGCCUCUAAACAUAUUGGCACUGUUGGCAAGUUAUUACAUGCCUCAUUUGCCUUUACAUACCUAAACAGUGCACUUGAUCCAGUUCUGUAUUGCUUUUCAAGCCAAGUAUUCCUAAAUAGAUGCAAGAAAGUGCUUUCCCAGGCUGGAUGGUUUAAAACUUCUCUGACAGAAGGAACCAAUGAAAGGUCAUCAAGAUCUUCUGAACAAAGAAUGAAGACCCUCGAAUCAUCAACAGUAAGGAAAUAGACUGAAAAAAGAGACUGCUCUAUUUGCCAAGUAGAUCCAGAAGAAGACACCUAACUUCUUCUCCCCAGAACCACCAUUUAAGCCAUGGCCUAGUCUCCACCAACUUGGCACCAGCGCGUAGCAGACUUGAAAACAAUUCUCGAGAGUUUCAGGAGAGUUACCAAAGAAAGCCUGCUGAGAUAUACUGCAGGCAAGAAGUGGAAGGCUGGUGCAGACCAGGACUAGAUCAGUCUAUAUUAACUCCUGUAUGCGCCAGAGGCUUCUUAGCCAAAAUCAUUCUAAAUCGUUUUUCAUGGAAUAGGUUAUUUCAUCAUGUAAAUAAAUAUAUUUGUCUCUUGAGCUAUAUAUAAUUUUGUAAUUUAAAAUUCACUCAAGUUAUUUAGUAUGAAGUGGGUUUUUGUUGCAUAAAGGUCCUAACGUCUCAAAUCCUCCCUUUGAUGCACAUUCCCAAUGAAGUCAAUGAGAAGAGGCAUCUGUGCAUUUUAGGAUUUGAUUUUAGGAUUUGAUGGACUUGAUUUUCCACUACCUUGCACCUUGUGUUAUUAUUUGUGCCUACACAAAGUGGGUAUAAAAUGCUACCAUGAGAGCUGAUCAAUA